AUGCACCGUUUGUUGCAGCUUCAGUGAAAGAAGAAUCAGAGAAAGGCGGCUGAAAUGCAGAGGAUAGAUUUGCCCCCGCCGGGUCCUGAUGACCUCCCGCUUUCUCUUUUGGAGAUGGGCUGUUCAGGGAGGUUUGAACUGAUCACCCACCCAACGGCCAAUCACAAACCCCUACCAGCACAGAGCACGCUUCCACACGGCCUCCCUCCCACCAGUGUGGACCUGAAGAUGGAGGUAGAGAAACGUUUCCUACAGGAUCCUGCAUGGCUGCCCAUCCACGACACCACAGACGCGUUCCAGAAGUUCCUCAAGUUGACAAAGAGAGACAGACAGGUGGACUCACUGCUGCACUCCUCUCUGUCUCCUCUGCACUCCGGCCUGUCUGUGGUACGAGACCCCACCACCGGACUGCUGCAGGACUUCACCGAGGUGUUACUGGAGCACACUGGCUUGUCGGCGAAGAACUCUUUAUCAAUGCAAAGGCAGCCAGGACCCCCAUCUGAGAGCCUGCGAGGAAGCAACACCAACUACCCAUUCCUGCCAGGUGGAAUGGAGGAGCUGACGCUGGAGCAGAUAAAGAAGAAGUCUGGGUUGGAGAAGGACGUCGACUUUCAGCAUGAUUUACUGACGGUGCCUCCAGGAUUGAAGGCCGGCAUGGACUUCACUGGCAAAGAAGCCAAAACCACAAAAGGUGAAGUGAACCUGCUGUCCCUCUUAUCGACGUUUGAUGACAUAAUCGAACCCUUGCAAGAGGAGAAAGAGAAAGAUCCGGCGAGCGCAGAGGCAUCGAAACUUCCCAGAACAAACAGCCUGGAGGAUCUGGGCAUUAAGGACACAGUUCCCGUCACCGCUUCAGCUGCAGCUUCAGCACCAGGCAAGCCGGACGAAGGAACAAAGAGAAGCCAUGAAGAGAAGGAGAGGAAGUGGGCUGUUCCUGUGAACAUCACCGCGCCCUGUGAUGAUUUCUACAAAAGGAUCCCAGAUCCUGCUUUUAAGUACCCGUUUGAGCUGGACGUGUUUCAGAAGCAGGCGAUUCUCAGGCUUGAGGCUCAUGAUUCGGUGUUCGUGGCUGCGCACACCUCGGCUGGCAAGACUGUGGUGGCCGAAUACGCCAUCGCGCUCUCCCAGAAACACAUGACCAGGACCAUCUACACGUCUCCUAUCAAAGCUUUAUCCAAUCAGAAAUUCAGAGACUUUAAGACCACGUUCGGUGACGUCGGGCUCCUGACUGGAGACGUUCAGCUGAGUCCUGAGGCGUCCUGUCUGAUCAUGACUACUGAAAUAUUACGGUCUAUGCUCUAUAACGGAUCCGAGGUUAUUCGGGACCUGGAAUGGGUGAUAUUUGACGAGGUUCAUUAUAUUAAUGAUGCAGAGCGAGGUGUUGUUUGGGAGGAGGUGCUCAUCAUGUUGCCCGAACAUGUUAGCAUUAUUUUACUCAGUGCUACCGUCCCUAACGCAGUGGAGUUCAGUGAGUGGAUCGGGCGAAUUAAGAAGAGGCCGAUCUACGUGAUCAGUACGAUGAAGAGGCCGGUACCGCUGGAACAUCAUCUCUACACAGGAAACAGCACCAGGACUCAGAAAGAGCUCUUCCUCCUGCUGGAUGCUACCGGAAACUUCCUCACCAAAGGGUACUACGCCGCUGUGGAGGCCAAAAAAGAGCGCACCAGUAAACAUGCACAGUCCUUUGGAACAAAGAAGGUGGCACAGAGUACCACGUCCAGCCAGGACCGGACCGUGUGGCAGACGUUGCUCGGUUUUCUGUCACAACGGCAGCAGACUCCAGUGGUGGCGUUUACCUUCUCACGGACACGCUGUGACGAAAACGCUCGCUUGCUGACCUCUCUCGAUCUGACCAGUUCGGUGGAGAAGAACGAGAUUCACUCCUUCUUCCACAGGAGCCUGAGCAGGCUGAGAGGAGGAGAUCGACAGCUACCCCAGAUCUUGGUGAUGAGGGACUUGCUGAAGAGGGGCAUUGCCGUGCACCAUAGUGGCAUCCUGCCCAUCCUGAAGGAGGUCAUCGAAAUGCUCUUCUCCAGAGGGCUAGUAAAGGUUCUGUUCGCCACCGAGACUUUUGCGAUGGGCGUGAACAUGCCGGCCAGGACCGUGGUGUUCGACAGUAUCCGCAAACAUGAUGGGACCGGAUUCAGAAACCUCCUGCCCGGUGAGUACAUUCAGAUGGCAGGGAGAGCGGGCAGAAGGGGGCUGGAUCCUACAGGCAUGGUCAUCAUCCUUUGCAAGAGUGGAGUUCAUGAGAUGUCAGACCUGCACACCAUGAUGCUUGGGAAGCCGACGCUGUUGCAGUCCCAGUUCAGGCUGACCUACACGAUGAUUCUCAACCUGCUGCGAGUGGAAGCCCUCAGAGUUACUGACAUGAUGCGUAGGAGCUUUUCUGAGAACCACCGGGACACACAGACUAAUGAAAGGAGGACAGCCGAGUUGAAAAGUGAGCUCUCCUCUCUGCCUCCUCUGGACACAGAGGGUCAAUUAUCCGAUCUGCUGGCUUAUUAUCGUACCGUUACGGAGCUGCGCAUCACUACUGAGGCUCUGCAGCAAGCAGUAAUGGAGUCAGUGAAUGGACUAAAGGCUCUGUCAGUGGGACGGGUCAUGGUGGUCAACAACGGCCAGCACUUCAACGCCCUGGCCGUUAUCUUACAGGUAUCCACUGACUCUGUGAAUCGGACGUUCACCGCCCUCAUCAUGUGUGAGAAAGGGAAUGAGGAGCUAUCGGGAAGCGCUCAGCCCAAGCGAUCUCUGACACACCUUCACAACAGCAGCCUUUUCAUCCCAGAGGGUCCCUGCAGCCACACGGUACAAAAAUUGAAGCCGCAGGACAUCUCAGCCAUCACAGUUAAGACCCUGAAGGUCAUACCGGAGAGGAUCAUCGACAACUAUAACAAGAGACAACAGCCGCGCUUCAGACACGAUCCACCUGGCCAGGCCAUUUCCACUGCCACUCAGGAGCUCCUGCGAUUGGCUGAGGCCAGCCCGAAUGGCAUGGCAACCCUCGACCCUGUGAAUGAUCUUCACCUGAAGGGCGUGGAUGUAGUGGAGGGGGUGAUGAGACAGCGAGUCCUGCAGGAAAGCCUGAAGGAGUUUCACUGCCCCCACUGCCCCACCUUUACUGAACAGUUUGCACGUGUGCAGGAGAGGAUGAGGCUACAGGAAGAGCUGGAUAAGCUGCUGUACCUGAUCUCUGAUCAGUCCCUGACUCUGCUGCCCGAGUACCAUCAGAGGAUAAAGGUUCUGGAGGCUCUGAACUACAUCGACGGUACUGGUGCCGUUCAGCUGAAAGGCAGGGUGGCGUGUCAGAUCAGCAGUCAUGAGAUGCUGCUCACCGAGCUGCUGUUCGAGAACACCCUGAGCCCUUUGGCGCCGGAGGAGAGCGCCGCCCUGCUGUCCUGCCUCAUCUUCACACAGAACACGCAGGUCGAACCGCACGUCCCCAGCACGAUCGAAGAGGCCAUUAAUCGGGUGCUGUGUGUAGCUCAACGUAUCGGAGAUCUACAGCGGGACUGUGGCCUCGCUCAGACGGCAGAAGACUUUGUUUCCCAGUUUAAGUUCGGACUGACGGAGGUGGUGUACUGCUGGGCUAGAGGGAUGCCGUUUGCUGAGAUUGCUCAGCUAACAGAUGUGCAGGAGGGCACAGUGGUGCGCUGCAUUCAGAGACUAGACGAGGUGCUGAAGGAGGUGAGACAAGCGGCCCGGAUUGUUGGAGACUCUGUUUUGGGCAGCAAGAUGGAGAGGGCGUCGCUGGCGAUCCGCAGAGACAUCGUAUUCACAGCUUCUUUAUACACACACUGAGAACGUGAGGACCACGGGAUGAUCGAGGGCGUGAUGGUCAUGGGCAAGUCAUAAGAGAACAUGGAACAGUGUCUGCAUGAAUAAAGCAAUACUCUAAUGUGUGAUGUAUAGCCAUGAAUACUGAUCAUCAGAAUGCGUACUAGAACAAGAACUGGCAACCACACCUGCGACAAGGAGCACUAAAUCCAUCAUGGCAGAAAAGACUGGGUCCAAAGGUGUACAUGAAUUACAGAGUACAUGUUUACAUGUCAUGUUUGAGAGAUUGUAUGGCUGCUCGCUUUGAGAACAAAGCCGAUAAUGGAUUGUAAUCUAUUGUACAGUAAUACAAAUGACUGUAAUCAAUUAAACCUCUUUCAUUCA